AUGGAAACAGGAGAGAAGCAAGGAGAAGCAAGGCAUGCCCAAUGGUGUCUGUGGGAAGUUAGCACGGAUGCAAACUUCUUGGACCAGUUCAAACCAAGGGCAGAGAUUUCUAGUCUGUCCAAAGUCAAAGAAAUGUGUGAGUGUUCAAAGUCUUUGAUACCUGGUUUGCUGAAGAAGAUUGAUAGGGUGGAGAAGGAAAAUGCAAACAUUUGA